ACCAACCUCACCAAGAAAAGCAAAGCUUUCCCUGCAUGGUUGAUGCCUUGAUGGCAGCACUUGCCCUCACUCUCUUCCUCUUCUUUAAAAUCUUGUAAGCAUCCUCGCAAUGUCUUCUUCCUUCCUUCCGAUCGUGACCCCAUUUUCCCUUCUCCCAUCGACGACGACGUCGGCUGCCGGGUUUUUCCAUACACAAGUCACACCAUGGGAGAGCCAAGGCAUCACUGCAAGCUAUGUCUCCUCGUGGCAUUGGCGCUGUGGCUGCACGCACCGACGGGCGCGACGACGAAGUUCACCAUAGCGAACUACUGCGCCUACACGAUAUGGCCGGGCACGCUGGCCGGUUCCGGCACGCCGCAGCUGUCCACGACGGGGUUCGAGCUCGGGCCGGGGCAGGCGGUGCGGCUGGCGGCGCCGGCGGGGUGGUCGGGGCGGAUGUGGGCGCGGACCGGGUGCGUGUUCGACGCGGCCGGCGCCGGCGUCUGCCAGACGGGCGACUGCGGCGGGCGCGUGGAGUGCCGCGGCGCCGGCGCCACGCCGCCGGCCACGCUCUUCGAGGUCACGCUGGGGAAGGGCGGCGGCGAGGACUUCUACGACGUGAGCCUCGUCGACGGGUACAACCUCCCCGUCGUCGCCAUCCCGCGCGCGCUAAGCGGGCCCGGCGCGUGCAACGCCACCGGCUGCUUGGCCGACCUCAACCGAUCGUGCCCGACGGAGCUGCAGGUAGUCUACGGCGGCGGCGCGAUCGCGUGCCGGAGUGCGUGCGAGGCGUUCGGGCAGGACAGGUACUGCUGCAGCGGCGCCUACGGCACCCCGGCGGCGUGCCGGCCGACGUCGUACUCGUCCGUCUUCAAGAUGGCGUGCCCGCGCGCCUACAGCUACGCCUACGACGACAGCACCAGCACCUUCACCUGCAGCGCCGACGACUACACCGUCGCCUUCUGCCUCCCCACCUCCGGGAUAAAGGAGUCGGACGCCGUGUUCCUGGGCGCGCAGAUCGUCGGCGGCCGCGGCACCGGUGCUGCCGAAGCCAACGAUAUCGCGCCGCCGGCGUACGGCAACGGUGGCGCGGGCGCUUAUGCACCGCCGACCUACGACAGCCGCAGCGGUGGUGGAGCCGGAGGUCCUUACCUGCCGCCAGUUUACAACUACGGGCCUGGCGGCGACCGCAUACCGCCGGCGAUGAGGAUCUCGUCGGCUUGCAGUACGACGGCGGCGACGUACAUCCGGCCGUGGCUUCCGCUGCUG